UUCAGACACUGAAGCCCCACUUCACACUGGUUUACCGUAAGCUUUAUAGAAUCACACAAUAUUGGUCGAUUUCAUUGUGCUAUAGUCUAAUUCUAUUAUUAUUUUAAGUGCAAAACGCCAUUCUAUUUAAGAUUUAUUGAUUUAUCAAAUCCAUGGAAAGGCUGGGGGAUAACACAGCAUACCUUCCAUCAGCUGUUGGGCUUUGUUGUGGAACAUGGGGAUGCAAAUAUUCAAGAAAUAAUGUUACAUUUUUAAUAUUAAUGACUCUGUGCACCCUAGGUUUCGUCUUUAUGUAUUUUCCCAUACAAAGCAAAUGGACAUCAAUAUGGGAGCAACGUAAAACCCCUCACAAAGAAAUGACCGUAGAUGAAGUAAUACUCUCACUAUUGUGGGCUCCCGCGGCUCCCAACAUCACCUCGUUCAAGAACUCUUCCAGUGCUCGGCACAGUGCGGUCAUGCUAGAGCAGCCUAGGGCCCAGUACUGUGUGGGGGAUACACUGAACGUGAUGGUCGAUAUGAGCAACUAUGCAGGGCAUCCAAAAGCCUAUGGCGGAGACUUCAUCGUAGCCCGGAUCCACUCUCCGAAGCUCCAGGCUUGUGCAUCAGGAGACGUUACUGACCUCCUCAACGGCUCCUACCGCGUGCGCUUCCGCUUGUUUUGGCCCGGAGAGGUGCACGUCUCUGUGCGUCUGAUCCACUCCGCUGAGGCAGUUAGCGUCCUCCAGAGAAACUGGAUGCAGGACUAUGGUAAGGCUAUGCACAUAGGAACCUUUAUCAGCGGGGAAAAAAAGGAGAAGUCUCAGUGCGCCCUCCGGCUGGGCUCAGACAGACCCCUGUGUGAGUACAGGAAGAAGGAGGAUGGAGAAUACUAUGCCUGCUACAAGCCCCAGACACUUCCCUGCAACUCUCUGACCCUCAUGACGUCCACCAAACCCCGAGCCCCUCAUCUCACAAUGAAGGAAGUUCAGCUGUUAGCCAGGAAAAACACUGGAAUAGAAAUAAAAAACAGCUUCAGGCCUGUGACAGUCAUCGGUUGUGGUGCAGACCAAAGACCAACUGAAAAAUGCGUGGCAGGAAUGAAUUCCCUUUUUCCUGGGGGAUAUUUCUAUUCAAACAGGUGGUCUUCUUCCUCCUGUCAGGCAGGCCCCUUCCUCAGUGAAGAUGCCAUUACCAGAUGUUUAAAGGGAAAGACUAUCUACCUAUUGGGUGACUCCACUGUACGCCAGUGGAUAGAGUAUUUGGAAAAAAAGCUGAAAGAUCUGAGAAUUGUGAAAGGGAAUCGUUUGCACUCAUUUUUGGCUGUUGAUGUCCAUAACAACAUCACUGUUCGGUGGAUAAAGCAGUCUCAUCCCUGGAUUAGCUUUGCAUCAGUCUACAUAAAGGGAUCAGUCACCAUUCCUGAAGUCCUGGACAGCAUAGCGGUUGGUUCCAGGCAAGAGGACGUGAUAGUGGUCAUUGCAAUUGGCCAGCAUUUCCGGGCUUACCCCCCAGAAGUCUUUAUCCAAAGGCUACGAAGUAUCCGCCGGGCGAUUCUGCGUUUACACGCCCAUAGUCCCCAGACAACUGUUGUUAUAAAGCUGGAGAACAAUAGGCAACUGCAGGAAAAUGCUGCAAUUUUCUACAGUGACUGGUAUGGCCACAUGCAGAACCUGGCUCAGAGAAAGGUGUUUGAGGACCUGAAAGUGGGUCUGGUAGAUGCCUGGGACAUGACUGUGGCCGCCAACACUUUUGCCAUCCACCCUAAUGGAGUAAUUGUUUCUAAUGAGGUGGCUCUCGCCCUGUCGUUCUCCUGUCAUUAGGCAUACAUGCUCUCUGAAUGGUUAAUCUGUAAUUGUAUGUAUUUACCUUUUUUGUAAAUUGCAUUUGGAGAUAUUUUGAUAGUAUGAGUAUAUAACUCCUGUGAUCUGGCAGGUCUGAAAAAAUGCCACUGAAAAAACUUACCUUUACAAUUUAUUGGCCUCUGCCUGUGUGCCGUGAAAGUGAUUAUUAUGAUUUCAAGAUAAAAACAAGUUUCCUGGAGGAUUAAAAUGGAUGGAUAAAAAUAUAAAUGUAUUGUUUUUUUGUAACCUAGCAAAAUUUUCAAGUGUCUGAAUCCCUGUGCAAGGCGCUUUGCAUGCAAUGAAUACAUCUAUUUC